AUGAAGCUUCCUCCAGGUUUUCAGUCCUCCGACCCAAAUAAAGUUUGUCGCCUAAGAAAGUCUCUUUAUGGUCUUAAGCAGGCACCACGUUGUUGGUUUGCUAAGUUGUCCACUGCUCUCAAGGAAUAUGGCUUUAAGCAAGGAUAUCCAGAUUACUCCCUAUUCUCGUUGAUUCGUGGUGGUACUAUUCUACACAUUCUUGUGUAUGUUGAUGAUUUUGUCAUCUCUGGGAAUGACUUAGGUGUGAUCGAGAAGUUUAAAGAGUAUCUUCAUGAAUGCUUUCACAUGAAGGAUCUUGGCAAGCUGAAAUAUUUUCUGGGUAUAGAGGUAUCUCGUGGUCCGGAUGGCAUAUGUCUUUCACAAAGAAAAUAUACACUGGAUAUUAUCACUGAAGUUUGUCUCUUAGGUGCUAAACCUUCUCCUACUCCGGUUGAAGUCAAUCACAAGCUCGGUUCUGUUGAUAGUCCAGAGCUCAAACGUCCGGAAGAGUAUCGUCGACUUGUUGGUAGGCUGAUAUAUCUCAGCAUUACGGGUCCGGAUCUCACAUACAUCGUGCAUAUUCUCUCUCAGUUUAUGCAGACGCCACUUGUUGCACAUUGGGAAGCAGCUCUCCGAGUUGUUCGUUAUCUCAAGGGAACACCUGCUCAAGGAGUUCUUCUUCGACGUGACAGUAAUCUCACCAUUACGGCGUAUUGUGACUCUGAUUAUAAUGCCUUGUCUUGUUCCUCGGCCGAAGCAGAGUAUCGAGCGAUGGCGUACACACUACGGGAAUUGAAGUGGCUCAAGAAGUUGCUUCGCACUUUUGGUUUUGAUCAUCCGCAACCUAUGCCUUUGUUUUGCGAUAGUCAAGCUGCUCUUCAUAUUGCAGCCAACCCUGUAUUUCAUGAGCGCACUAAACAUGUUGAGUCGGAUUGUCAUUUUGUCAGAGAUGCCGUGCAAGAAGGUCUCAUCGCUACGCACCAUCUCUCCACCAAGGAACAAGUUGCGGAUCUGUUCACUAAGGCUCUUCCCAAGCCGAUUUUUGAUAAGCUUUUGUCCAAGUUAGGUGUUCGUAGUUCCCGACCACCAACUUGA